AACCAGGAAGCAGAUCGUAUUGCUAAUUGAGAUUACGAUUUGCCGUGAAACUAUUCAUAAUAAUUAUUUAUUUACAAUGGGACAAAUGACGGCGAUGGUUGUGCUUUUGGCGGCGACCGCCCUCUGCCGAGCGAAAGCUCUCGUCGACCCCGAAGCACCCUUACCGGAUUUCUUCAAGAUUUGCAAAAGAAACGACCCCAAUUUGAACGAAUGCAUAAAGGAAUCAAUGAAAAGUAUCUUGCCAGCUAUCAAAGACGGUUACAAACCCCUGGAGAUACCCCCAAUAGACCCUCUGUCGACCCCCAAAUUCCACGUCAACCACAACAUCGGCAACAUCAAGGGCAAUGUACAGGGAAAAGACAACAAAGUCUUCGGGAGCAGCAAUUGCGAAAUCAAAGAAGUCAGAGCAACUGUGACCGAUGACAGUUUAGAAAUGGAAAUUGACCUGAUGUUCGACAAUUUGAUUUUCGAAGGAAAUUAUAAAUUUGAUGGAGGCGUCAACCUGUUCCAAAUACACACGAAAGGAUUCUUCAACAUCAGCAUGGAGGGUGUAAGUACAACUUGGGCCGUAAAAGGUGAACUUGAAGAACGUGAUGGUGAAAAGUAUAUGGUUAUUAAGGAAGCCGAUAUGUCGCCAGUUCCUUCAAAUGUUAAUAUUUAUGCCACAAAUAUUUUCCCUGAUAAAGCAGUCAAUGACGCUUUUCUAGUGACCAUGAAUCAAAACUGGCGCUCCCUAUACAAAGAGGCGCUUCCAAUAUUGAGCACCCUCUGGGGACCCCCAAUCAAAACAGGAAUGAACUACGUUUUUGAAAAAAUACCCUUCCGACGUCUGUUCCCAGAAUCCUAA